UCGGGCUUGCGGGGCUGGGGGCAGCCCCGGCGGCGGCCCCGGCAGCGCGGCACGGGAGGCGGAGGAGGAGGAGGAGAGUAGGAGGAGCUGCCGUGUGACCCGCACUGCUCCCAAACUUGAAAGUUUAUCUGCCCGAAAUCAACAGCGGCCGCGGUGCGCACACUGCUCCUCGGCGCGGAGCGGAGGCAUCGACCGGGGGAACCGCUGCACAGGGAGCGGCUACCGGCGCCGCUGCGAGCAAGCCGAGGCAGGGGAAGGGGGAUCACCCCUGCGACAACAACAACAGCCGCCCCCCACCCCCCAAAUCUAGGAGAGGAUCGAUACUAUUUGCUGGAGACCAAGGACUUGCUCAUCGGCGCACACGCGAGACCGCUGUCAUUAGCUAACAGGACACACGACUGAGCCGGGGGGGGAGUGGGGGGGAGGGUGAGGAGUGUCACAAAAAGUCAUUACAACCUGAGAGAGAGAGGGAGAAAGAAAAAAAACUUCCUACCAAUAGACAACAGGAAGUGACCACCACCACCAACGGGGAGUCUCUGCUUGGAGAAAGAAGCUGCAAGACAAAGAAGGAAGGAGAGGUGAAAGACAAAACUGCCCAAGGUCUUCUGCGUUGUGCGUGCGUGCGCUUUCGAGAGAGAACAAAAGUCAGCCGGGAAGGGGAGACAGAGAAAGACCGACGGAAAAGGAGACAGGAUGGAGGAAGAGCUAAAGACAAGCAUGUGAAGAUCAAGGGGAAAGAAGAGCAGAGCGACACACACGCACACUGAAAAGAAAGGGAGAAAGAAAAAGCAUACACAAAACUUUCUUUUCCUCCUGGGAAGAAAUUACUCACACGGACAUAGAAAUCAGAUGCCUUGCAGAUCAACUUCUGGGGAAAGAGUGACCAAGAGAGAAGAGGACACAGUGAUGUGAAGAAAGCAAGCAAGCAAGCGAGCCAGAAAAGAAAGCAAAAGAGCAGAAGAAAGCAGAGCAAAAGAAACUGAGAGCCGUGGAGGAAGAAAAGCGAAGAUCGUGACCUCCCCCAACAAGUGAACCUUGCACAUAUGUUGUGUAAAGUGUGUGCAAAACAGAGCCCUCCUGUGUGGUGCGUGUGUGUUUCGCCGGUGCUGCCGCCGCCGCGGUCGGUGCCUCUCGCAGGCGGCGCUGCCAGUGCCGGGGAGACGCAUCAUUUGGCGGAGCGAAGCGGCUAAUUGCGGAGCCCCGUCCUUCAUUUACAUAUGCAGCCUGAGUCCGCUGGAGCCGCGCCAAUCCGCGCUCGCCCCCAGCACCAUUAAUCGCCAUGCAUUAUUCACAAUCAUAAUUACAGAGCCCCAUGCGCGCUCCGCGCAGCCGCCCCAGCCCGCCGCGCACACCCCACCGCACCGCGCACACCCCGCCCGGAUAAUCCCCCACUCGCUCACCCACUCACUCACUCACUCCCAGUUUCGCUGGCUGGUUAGCGUUUCUUUUUUUUUUUUUGGUUGUUGUUUGGUUGCCUUUUCUGUUGUUGUUUGGUUGGUUUGUUUUGCAACUCGACUUUUAUUUGCGAACAGUUAUUUCCAGCCCCCACCCCCCUUCCCUCGUUCCCAAUUCCUCCCCCCUUUCCACCUCCACGUCGCUGAUGCCUCUGCAAAAAGCAGAGUCAAGACGGCUCAGUUAGCAGCAUGUCUCGUCGAAAGCAAGCGAAACCCCAGCAUCUCAAAUCGGACGAAGAGCUGCAAGCGGAGGUAGUUUCUGAGCACGCAGUCCCAGGAGAAGGAGCGGAUGAUGGUGAUAGCGGGAAUGAGAGCAGGAGCGGAAGCGAAGAAACCAACGUUUGUGAGAAAUGCUGCGCCGAGUUCUUCAAGUGGACGGACUUCCUGGAACACAAGAAGAGCUGCACCAAAAACCCCCUGGUGCUGAUCGUGAACGAAGAUGAAGCAGCUCCACCCCCCGCUGAGGAGUUCCCCGAGCCUUCACCUGCUAGCUCUCCUAGUGACCAGGCAGAGAGUGAACCUGCUGAAGAAGGCGUCCAGGCAGAAAACAAUGACAGCUCUGAGAUAAAACCCACGGAAAAGGAAGAAGAGCCAAUGGAGGUAGAAACUUCUGCGGAGAAAAGUUUCCAGAAUCAAGGCACCUCAAACACAGCUACUCCUCUACCUCAGAUCCCUGAAUCAUCUUCCAUGACAAGCUAUAACAUGCCAAACACCAAUGUCACGCUAGAGACUCUGCUGAGCACUAAAGUGGCAGUCGCGCAGUUCUCGCAGAGCGCACGGACCACCGCUUCUGCGAGCAUCAGCAGCGGGGUGACGGCUGUGGCCAUCCCCAUGAUCCUGGAGCAGCUCAUGGCCCUGCAGCAGCAGCAGAUCCACCAGCUCCAGCUAAUCGAGCAGAUCCGCAGUCAAGUGGCAAUGAUGAACCGCCAGCCACUACGGCCAUCCCUCAACCCGGUCGUGGCCGCCCAGGCUGUUCCCGGGCAGGCAUCCAACCAGCUGCAGGGCUUUGCCACCAGCGCUGCCGUCCAGCUCACUGCAGUCAUUCCUCCUGCCAUCGUGGGGCAGGCCACCAGCGGUCAGCCCACAGCCUUCGAUGGCUCUCAGCACAUCUCAAGACCUACAUCCGGAGCAAGUACGCCCAAUAUAUCCAGCGGUGGCUCUUCUGCCCCACCUGAAUCAAGCGUACCUUCCUCCUCGAACGCAAUUACAUCCAUAACUCCCGUUUCCGUGUCAAACGCUCCUAACAGUGCUUCGCAGCCCCAGAAUGCUUCGACUCCACCUUCAAUUGGACAUGGAAGCCUCACCUCAGUGUCCAGCCUGCCAAACCCACUUCUACCUCAGACUUCAUCAAAUAGCGUGAUCUUCCCCAACCCACUGGUUAGCAUCGCUGCAACAGCUAACGCGCUCGAUCCUCUGUCCGCCCUUAUGAAGCAUCGCAAAGGAAAGCCACCAAAUGUGUCAGUGUUUGAACCCAAGUCAAGCUCUGAGGAUCCCUUUUUUAAACAUAAAUGCCGAUUUUGUGCCAAGGUCUUUGGAAGUGACAGUGCUUUACAAAUUCACCUCCGCUCGCACACAGGCGAAAGACCUUUUAAAUGUAACAUAUGCGGAAACCGCUUUUCUACAAAGGGCAACCUGAAAGUUCAUUUUCAGAGGCAUAAAGAGAAAUACCCUCAUAUUCAGAUGAACCCUUAUCCUGUUCCAGAAUACCUCGAUAACGUGCCCACCUGCUCUGGAAUCCCAUAUGGGAUGUCGCUGCCCCCCGAAAAGCCGGUCACAACGUGGUUAGACAGCAAACCUGUUUUACCCACCGUCCCUACUUCCAUCGGGCUCCAGCUGCCCCCCACUAUACCUGGUGUGAACAGUUACGGAGAUUCUCCAAGUAUGACUCCUAUGAGCAGGUCACCCCAAAGGCCUUCUCCUGCCUCCAGUGAAUGCACUUCUCUAUCCCCGAGCCUCAACACUUCUGAAUCGGGUGUCCCAGCAUCUGCCGAAUCCCCGCAGCCCCUUCAGAGUGGCUCAUCUCUGACCAAGGCAGAACCUGUCACUCUGCCUCCCACGAGCACGCGGCUCGGGGACCUUUCUGCAGGUGGGCAAGUUUCUGCAGCUUCCACAUCUUCAAUUCCUGCUGCUGUUACAGACAGCAGCGUUGCAACGAGCCUCCCAAACCCUGUGCUUCCAGCCGUGUCUGACCAGUUUAAGGCAAAGUUUCCAUUCGGUGGUCUGCUAGACUCUAUGCAAACGUCAGAAACCUCAAAAUUACAACAGCUAGUGGAGAACAUUGAUAAGAAGAUGACGGAUCCAAAUCAAUGUGUCAUUUGUCACCGUGUGCUUAGUUGUCAGAGUGCUCUCAAGAUGCAUUACAGAACGCAUACAGGAGAAAGACCAUUUAAAUGCAAAAUUUGUGGACGUGCCUUUACUACAAAAGGCAAUCUAAAAACACAUUUUGGAGUUCAUCGAGCGAAGCCACCACUUAGAGUACAGCACUCGUGUCCCAUUUGUCAGAAGAAAUUUACAAAUGCGGUUGUUCUUCAGCAGCACAUUCGUAUGCAUAUGGGUGGGCAAAUUCCAAACACGCCGCUACCAGAGGGCUUCCAGGACGCCAUGGACUCAGAGCUUUCCUACGAUGAGAAGAACGUUGACACACUGAGCAACUUUGACGAUGACAUUGAUGAAAAUUCUAUGGAAGAGGACCCGGAGCUAAAGGACACAGCAAGUGACUCAUCUAAACCCCUUAUCUCUUACUCUGGGUCGUGUCCUUCUUCGCCACCUUCUGUGAUCUCGAGUAUUGCUGCUUUGGAGAAUCAAAUGAAAAUGAUUGAUUCUGUCAUGAACUGUCAGCAGCUGACCAGUUUAAAAUCCAUAGAAAAUGGAUCAGGGGAAAGUGACCAUUUGAGCAAUGACUCCUCAUCAGCCGUUGGUGAUCUCGAAAGCCAGAGUGCAGGCAGCCCUGCAAUGUCAGAGUCUUCUUCCUCCAUGCAGGCUUUGUCUCCUGUAAAUAGCAAUAGUGAAAGUUUCAGAUCAAAGUCCCCAGGUCUCAGUAACCAGGAAGAGCCACAGGAAAUACAAUUAAAGACAGAAAAACCAGACAGUCCACCACCCGCAACUGAAAAUGGAGGCGCAUUAGAUCUGACAUCCACCAACCCAGGAAGACCAGUCAUCAAAGAGGAGGCUCCUUUUAGCCUGCUGUUCCUGAACAGAGAACGUGGUCCCAGCCAAAGUACUCCUAGCCUGGUCACCAGUACAGCGCCUACCAUGAUCAAAAUGGAAGUGAAUGGUCACAGCAAGCCGAUCUCUUUGGGUGAGGUUCCCUCGCUUCCAGCUGGAAUCCAGGUUCCUGCUGCACCACAGACAGUGAUGAGUCCGGGGAUCACCCCUAUGCUGGCACCCCCCCCUCGCCGGACUCCCAAGCAGCACAACUGUCAGUCGUGCGGGAAGACCUUCUCCUCAGCAAGUGCACUGCAGAUACACGAGCGCACCCAUACCGGUGAAAAACCGUUUGGUUGCACAAUCUGUGGUAGAGCUUUUACCACAAAGGGGAAUCUUAAGGUUCACAUGGGAACUCACAUGUGGAAUAAUGCCCCUGCACGCCGCGGCCGCCGCCUCUCCGUGGAGAACCCCAUGGCUCUGCUCGGUGGUGACGCGCUCAAGUUCUCUGAGAUGUUCCAGAAGGAUUUGGCAGCUCGGGCCAUGAACGUUGACCCCAAUUUUUGGAACCAAUACGCUGCAGCUAUCACUAACGGACUUGCUAUGAAGAAUAAUGAGAUUUCUGUCAUACAGAACGGAGGCAUUCCCCAGCUCCCAGUAAGUCUAGGCGGAGGCGCCAUCCCGCCCUUAAGUAACCUUACCGGUGGCAUGGACAAAGCUCGCACGGGCAGCAGCCCUCCCAUUGUCGGUCUGGACAAAGCAAGUUCUGAAACGGGAGCCAGUCGUCCAUUCACCAGAUUUAUUGAGGAUAAUAAAGAGAUUGGCAUAAAUUAAAAGCAUUCAUUCCGAAUAACUGUUGGACCGCUACUCGACACAACGCUUGUCCUGUUCCAUGUACAGCUUUUGAAGCUAAGCAUUAGUUUCCUGACCUAAAUGCAUAGGUUCCCUUUAAAGUUUUACCCAUAGCAGAAAUACGUAACUUUGUGGCUGCUGAAAAGUUGUCUUGCAAGAUCUGCAUGGUACUUCUUUCAACAGUGAGUUUGACUGUUACUGAGAACUUUGAAACCUUUUAAUUUAACAGAAAACAAACAAACAAACCAUGGGAUAACUUCAUUAGAAAAAGAAAGAGGCUAGUCUACGUCCACUUUGCUUCUUACAAAACUUACUAUCACCUGAGAAAGGGGGGCUUCAUUACAGCAUUCUGUCACACUUAUUUGCUGGUUUUGUUCAAAUUAGUUAGCAACUUGGACUAUGUUUUUAGGAAUCUUAAUCUUAAAUAAGUGAUUUAGUACCCCAAUGCUGUGUAUUAUUACAGUAUCCUUGUCUGUAGUAUUUAUAAUGUUAAGAUUAUGCGGGUAACAGACAAUAUACUAGCCCCAAACUUAAAUGAAGCUUUUGUACUGCAAAAUACAUCUGGCUAUGUGAUUUUUCUUUUUUUUUUUUUUAAAGCAAGUUUUGUUUUACUAUAAAUAAGUGGUUUAUUUCAAUGCAGGCAAAAUUGUGAAGUUUUAUUGGGAAAGAUAGCAUGCUUUUCAUGUGCAAGUACCUGUCAGUAACAAACCUUUUUUUAUUUAAAUAUUUGUAGCUGCUAUGUGGACAGUUGUUCUAUUAAAUGAAAAAAAAAAAUGUAGUGUGGACUUUAGCUCAAUGAUUGGAAGACAAGUUACAGACAAACCUUAGCACCAUAAAUUAUUCACAACAUUAUAAACAGUUGUGAGUAAAUACUCCAUGUUAUCAAAGCUGUACAAUAAAAAAGUAAUGUUUGUAUAAUGUGGUUGCAAACUCUUAAUUUAUACUAUUGCACUUUCAGUAUUUUGUAUUAGGGAGGUUUGUCUAUAAUUUGAAACUGAACAAAGAUGUAAACUAUUUUAUAAAUAGUACUUUGACUUAAGGAAUAAGGAGGAGAACCCUGUUGCAGUUUCUUGUUUUGUUUUAAGGUCAAACAAUGAGAGAUCUCUAUUAACUAAGCAGAAAAGCCGCAGAGAACUGUCAGAUCCUUAGGAAAUAUGGGGCCUGCCAUUUCUUAAAUAGAAAUGAUUCAUUUAACUUUUCUACAAAGCCCACUUAAAAGCGUGACCACCCCCGACAGAAUUCUGAUACAUUUAUCUUAGGAGUGUGAUAUUAAUACAAGCCUAGGAUAGAGGAAGGAGAACGUUGUGUAGGUUUAAUUUUACUGUAAUCUGUUCUGUCUCUUUCACACAUACCCACGUAAAGAUGUCGACUGCCUAAUAACACAGGAACAAAACAGUAACUUUUGGGCAGCGUGAGCACUAGUAACAUACAAAUAUUCUGUAUUUAUUUCCAACUCUUGCUGAUUAUCUUCUCAGAUUGCUCCAAAGCACAAUGUACUCUGAUUAAUCGAAUAUAAUUUUAUGUUGAUUGCAUUGUUUAAAUUACACCGAGUAAAUAAAGGGAAUGGUUCCACUCAUAAGCUAGGCUGGGGAUGCUGAGGAGACUGGGGCUCAGUCAAAACUUGAACAGUAAAUGUUUUGUGUACUACCUCAUUUUUGUGCAUUACAAGCAUGGUGGAGUUGACACUAUGAACUUCUGUCCAGCAGAAUUGCUUGAGGGACAUUAUGGGUAGCUGGGUAACAGCACAAGGAGUUUUAUGCCCCUGGAGAAUGAAUCAGACAGUGAGGUCUUCUCAGUUGAGACUGAAAAAUAGGACAAUCUUUCUUAUACAACAAAAACCAUUACUGUAAGAGGAUGGACUAUUUCUGCCAUCAUGUAAUGGAGCGAAAAGAGGUUCAAAGACUUAGUAGCUGUUUGUUUCUAUUGG